AUUAAGCGGAGCAGACCAAAAUCCCAAACAAGGAAAUGGUGGGGGAAUAAAGCGAUCAGAUUAUUUAAUUAAUGCACGUAAUAAUUAAUAUUUUAUUUUAUCGUAAAAUUAAGGAAUAUUAAUGGGUCGCGAUGGACUACGACUUCAAAACGAAGCUCGCCGCCGAGAGGGAGAGAGUGGAAGAUCUGUUCGAAUAUGAAGGUUGCAAAGUGGGUCGCGGCACCUACGGGCAUGUUUAUAAAGCCAAGCGCAAAGACGGGAAGGAUGAGAAGGAAUACGCUCUAAAGCAGAUUGAAGGCACUGGGAUCUCAAUGUCGGCCUGUCGAGAGAUUGCGUUGCUGAGGGAGCUGAAGCACCCGAACGUCAUAGCCCUGCAGAAAGUGUUUCUGUCCCACAGUGACCGCAAAGUGUGGCUUCUAUUUGACUACGCCGAACACGACCUAUGGCACAUAAUAAAGUUCCACCGGGCGUCCAAGGCCAAUAAGAAACCGAUGCAGCUGCCCAGAGGCAUGGUCAAGUCACUGCUCUACCAGAUCCUGGAUGGCAUCCAUUACCUCCACGCCAACUGGGUCCUGCACCGAGACCUGAAACCUGCCAAUAUCCUGGUGAUGGGGGAGGGCCCAGAACGAGGGAGGGUCAAAAUCGCGGAUAUGGGUUUUGCACGCCUGUUUAAUUCUCCGCUGAAGCCCUUGGCUGAUCUGGACCCAGUGGUGGUCACCUUCUGGUAUCGGGCCCCUGAACUGCUAUUGGGAGCGCGACACUACACCAAAGCAAUCGACAUUUGGGCGAUAGGCUGUAUCUUCGCAGAGCUGCUGACCUCAGAGCCGAUAUUUCACUGCCGUCAGGAGGACAUCAAAACCAGCAACCCCUUCCACCACGACCAGCUCGAUCGGAUCUUCAGCGUCAUGGGCUUCCCUGCAGACAAAGACUGGGAGGACAUACGGAAGAUGCCAGAAUACCCGACCCUACAGAAAGACUUCAGGAGAACAACGUAUGCUAACAGCAGCCUCAUCAAGUACAUGGAAAAGCAUAAAGUAAAACCAGACAGCAAAGUCUUUCUGUUGCUCCAGAAACUUCUAACCAUGGAUCCCACCAAAAGAAUCACAUCUGAACAAGCACUGCAAGACCCCUAUUUCCUGGAGGAGCCUCUACCCACGUCCGAUGUCUUUGCAGGAUGUCAGAUCCCAUACCCUAAACGCGAGUUCCUCAACGAGGAUGAACCCGAGGAGAAGACGGAGAAGAACCAAACGCAGCAGCACCAGCAGACGGCUGCGCAGACGCAGGCUCAGACGCAGACGCAAACACAGCAGGCUCAGUCACAACAAAGCUCCGCUCAGACAAACGGCACGUCGGGGGCAGCAGGGGCCAACACAGGGCCCUCCAUCCAGCACGGCCAGGACCAGGGGCCUCCAAACAAGAAGCCCCGCAUCGGACCCUCAGGGGCCACCUCAGGAACAAACGUCCUGCAGUCAGACUACCAGCACUCCAGCUCGCGCCUUGGCUACCAAAGCAACGUCCAGGGCUCCACCCAGUCGCAGAGCACUAUGGGAUAUUCCUCUUCAUCUCAGCAGAGCUCACAGUACUCUCAUCAGCCUCAUCGCUACUGAGGCACAGACGCACGUACAGAUCCGCGAGCACAUGCACGCAGGUCCCGCUGCCAUUCCUCCUGCACUCAUUUAGCGAGGCCUGAUGAUGAGCCUUCCUCCUGUGACAUCAUCCUUCUCCCUCCUCAUCCUCAUUUCCUUUUUCCUUUCUUAAACCUUCAACCUACAACCCAGGAUCUGCAGUACCAGUCAAAAGAAGCUGCUUGUGAAGGGUUUUGUUAUUUUUAGAAUGGAAGUGAAUACAUUUCAACUAUGAAAUUACAUACAGAAUUAUGGAGUGACCAAAAAGUGUUCAUCUGUUUUAAUGUCCUUCAGAGUGUCCAGCUCUUGCUUUUGGCAAUUUGUCAAGCGGCCUCAUGAGGAGCUACCUGAGAUGCUUUUCCAACAGUCUUGAUGAAGAUAAUUCGUUAAUUAUCAAAAAAAAAAAAAAAAAACCUUGUACAAAACCUCGUAUCUCCAAAGUGGUAACUUUACAGGAGAAAGAAAAACGUUAUUAUCUUUGAAAGAUUUUUUUUCCAAGUAUUUUUGGAGCAUUUCAAUUGCUCCUUUAGUAAUAAAAGGUUAACACUUUUGUAAAGGGCAGCUGGUGUUUUCAAAUUCUGUAGGAAAAUAUAAAAUGACCAAAAAAAAAAGGGAGAUACAAGGUUUUGUUCCUCGAGUGUCUCCAAACUUUUGACUGGUACCGUAUGUGUUGUAUCCUGCUAAUCUUACCAAAACAAGCAGCAUCUACAGUAGCCAUAGCCCCCUGCACCACCCUCACCCUUGGGUGGUGGGAUGUUAAGCCCCGCCCCUCUAUUAGCUGCGCCCUCAGUGUCCACCAUCAGCAUCUGCUGGAGCAGUGCUCUCUGAUCCCUGUCCAGUUCCAGUUUUCCAUUCUCCAACACACCUUGUCUCAUGAAGGCCUGACCAAUCAGCUGGCCAGUGGGUUCAUGCUUUACCUUUUAAGAAUGUGAAUGGAAUUCAUUACAUUGUAAUGUGACUAAUUAUGCAAUUAUGUAAUUAUAUUAAUAGCAAUUGCAUAUAGUAUAGUGUAGUAAAGUGUAGUACAAGGCAAAGCCUUUGAUAAUGCAAAUUUCUGCUGGUGCCUCUAUGAGAAUUGCAGUUGUAUGUUAACGCCAGGCUGUACAUUCACUUUCCUUCACUGCUUUUAAUGCUUCUUAUAAGCAGCUCUAUGUGCUUUUGAAAGCUGGAAAAUGGGAAAAAAUGUUUAUUCCAUUAUGUAUUUGGGUAUGUUUGAGGUUUACAGCCUCAAACAUAGCAGGGUGGUAUCAAUAUUGGCAGUCAUGUGUUCUGUUUGUGUUUAGCACUAAUUAAAACGAGCUGCCUGGUUGUGAGUUAUCCACCCUGAUAUAUAGCCAAACAUGUUUACAGUCAUAUUAUAGCAAAGCAACAAGAAGAACUGUUCUGCAUUAUCAUGGUGGAUGACCAGUUCUAAACUGGAUGUAGUAGGAACAGAAGCUUGAACCCACACUAGCCAUUUUAUGGAUAAUAUUUGGGAAAUUUUGCACUAGUCCAUGGGCACUAAAACACUUAAUGUGAUUAGUUGUCCUGCUUUUUGGACAGGACUUUGUUAGUGAAAGCAGGUGAUGUUGGAUAAGCUACAACUCCAGACAGAACUGAGCACUGCUUCAGCAGAGCUUCUUUACAAAAGCAAAUUUACAAAGUUAGCACUAGCAUUACUUCUCAAACCCCCCCUUCACUGCCCUUAAAGAGCUAGACUGGCAGAAGCUGAAGUCUACCGGUAGCACUGAGACCAGCACCCUCCAGAACUCUGUGACCUUCUGAGAUCCGGAGAUAGGAGGACCAAACUCUCUGAUCAGAAUCAACACCAGCCUGACCCACGGUCCAACCAUGAGGACCCAUAAAUCUCAGUGUCCGGACAGAACAGGCCCUCGAGACCCUUGGUGUGGAACCGGCCUGCCAGCGGCAGCUCUGAUACUGCAGUGACGAGCCACACCUGCAAUAUGGAGGUUAACACACAUAGGAACCAAAUAGCCACCCUAUCUUCUUGUCUGUCUUUCUUUCUCUCUUUCUGUCCAAGUCUGUCAAACGUUUCGGGACACCUAGAUGGUUUUAACAUGGGUGUGAAUACGGUUUGUUGGUUUGCAGUAAGAGCAGCACUUCAGUACCGAAAAUGUAACCUUUAAUCUAAAAGUGGGCCAAACUACUCAAGCGCAGUACCACCAGGGAGGAAAACACAGCUAACAACACAACUUCAUGCAGCCUGUGUGAAAUUUCAGGCCAGAGUUCUACAAGAUCUUAUUCAAUUCAUUCUUUUUUAUCCAAUCCAGCAUUUUCAGCCCAAUACCUGUACCUGGUUUCGGGCCAGUGCUAUCUCUUUUUGCAAUAACUUAACAUAUUGAACUGGUAGAUGCUUCAAUCUUGCUGAUUAUUUUUAAUUUUUUUUGCAAAACAAUGAAGGAACAGCUAAUAAAAGCACUACCAUUGGGAAUAAAGCCAAAAGCCACCCUGUCCCAUGAUCAACACUCUUUGUGCCAAAGAGGUUCUGCUUUUAAUGUCAUUUCACAAGGCAAAAUCUGCGCUUCAUACCACUUCAAGCUGAGUGUUGAAGCAAAUAUACCUAAAGGAUUGGCACAUCCUUUUUUUUUAUAUGCUAACAAAAAACUUUUCCUAACUUGUUUGAAAGUCGAAACGGGCUGGUUUCAGUGGAAGGCGGGGUGUCCCCAAACUUUUGACUGCCUGUCUUUCAAUCUUUUCGCUGUCAGACUGGAGGUAAACCCACGCAUGUCCGACAUGCGCAUUACAGAGAAGCACUUCGCGAGUGUAACGACCGCCGGCUGGACGCUACCAGAGCGGGACGCAGCUGUCUUUUUGUUUUUUUUCCUUCGAGCACGAGCAGAGCGCCUUUUACAGCUUUUCAACUACGGACUACGGAGGCUUUGACCUUUUUUUCUUUUUCUUUUUUUUCUUCACCCUUUUGUAAAUAUUGAAUUCUCAGAUGAGGACACCGCAGAGGAAACCCUUUACUUUUAUGAAUCAAACUCUGGACAUUCAUUUCAUCGAUGACCGACAAUGACGAACAGCAAAUAUCAGCGUUUGUCAGAAAAUGAAGAAAAGAAAAAGACAAAAAAAAAGCAUUUUAUUUUUCGCCGAAGAGGAACAGCUUUUGGGCCAUGACGUUGAGAGUGUCGACCCAGUUUGUGUGUGAGUGUGUGUGUGUGUGUGUGUGUGUGUGUGUGUGUUUGCUACCUUGUCUGGGGCAGCUAGCAGGUAAACUGCUCCAGUGACUGUUACCUCCUUAGUCUUGUUUGAUAUUUUAUACGUUUGUUAUUUUUUUAUUGUUGCUUUUGAAGAACAUAUAUGUUUGUUUGUUUGUUCACUUUUUUUCAUUUCUCUCACUGUGUGGAUGCACGGUAAUACCAAGUUUCACAAGCGCUGAAUCAAACUAGGAGGCCGGACAGGCUCUGUAAUCUGUAAGAACUGUCAGCCGGUGUUUCUUGGGGCAGGGCAGCUUUGAAAAUGCGGUUUAACUUCAUUCUAGGCCCCGUUCUUCUCAUAACCAAAUUCUGCUGUGAGAAGAAGCAUGAAAUCGGGGGGGGUGUGGCUUUGCAAAGCAGGAAUUGCAGGAAUGGUUCCAAGUCUAGUUGACACCUUUUUUCCAAAAAUAGUCCAUCAGCCAGCACAUGUUUGGUAUCUGAAGUUGGCUCCUUUAGUUUUGUGCUAUAAGGCAAAUGUAAUAGAAGCCAGUAGGCUGUUGUGUUACCUUUAGUUUCAUUAACCUUGUAGCUCCACCCAAAAUGGAAGAAGCCAACUUCAGACACCCAACGUGUCCUCACUGAUCUUCUUCUUUCCAUUUAAAGGGGAAUUCCAUCAAUAAUUCAGUGAACAAAACCGGUGGAAUUCCUCUUGAACAUUUGUGAAUCAUUCGAUUAACCUAAGCCAAAAGUAAACAGGAUGAAAGCUAAAGUAUGUUCCUAUUGGAAGGUCCUCACUUUGGGCUUAGGUUAUCCAGCUGAAUGAGAAGUCCUGCCACCCCAAUCGACGGAAAAAGAAAGAAUCGGGCAAAAAUACCACAACAGAACCUGAAACUGCACUGCGUCCGUUAGAAACACUGACAUCUAGUGGUGGUGAAGAGAAGCGCAUAGCACUUAGUGGUCUCAAACAGCUCUUCUGCCCUUCGUACUGUAGGACAUCAGUGGGGGUGUGAUGUAUGAGAGACUCUGUCCUGUCUGGUGAAGCUCUUUUUUGCUCCGUGCAGCUGAUCUGAGACCUGUUAAAGACUGAAGAACAUGCUGAAGUAAAUGACCUAUAGCAGACGAGCAAAAGGCACUGAUCCCAGUUCAGGUUGAUCCCAAUUGCACUGACCUGAGAGGAGCGAUUCAUUUCAUCCAGGCGGAGCCCAGUGUGGCCUGAAGUUUGAAGGCAGAUUCAUUUCGUGAAUACAGUGUUUGUGGGCACAGCUCAUAACAACAGUGAGCUGAGGUACUGGCCACCAGUUAGCUUGAUCUUUUUUGCAUAAUGCUAAAUGUCCUAACUCCUAUUGGCUGGCUUCCAUUACUUGUCAGCAUUUCUGAGUGAAAUGUUCCUUUUAACUCUGAAUUUUACAGAUUAAAAUGUCUGCAUAAUUCAGUUGGUGAGAUGUAAGCAAAGUCGUUCAGGGUAUGAAAACUUGCUGACUCUGAUUUCUUGACAGUGGUCUUGAUAGGAAACAGGGGUCAAUAGCAAAAUGAUCAGUAGGCUCACAGCGUCCUCUGAGCUUUUAUGUCGUCGCUGUUGGAACAGAAGCUUGCAUCUCCAAAAUGUUAGCAGUGCAGGAUGGAAAGACCUUCUGGACUUCUAAUGGAGGUCAAUGGAACCAGACUUUUAAUUUGGGACCUUCUGUUGGUUCAUUUGUCAUGAAAUUUUAACACAAUGCGAAGGAUAAGUGGCGUUUUCGACAUUGUGCUGUGAGAACUGUUUUGCCUCACCACACCCUGCAUAUUUUCUAUAAACUAUUAAGGCUGAAAACUUGUCAAAACUAUCAUAAUGACUUUCUGUGAGGGAGUUUUCAGAGGCGGUGUUCGCCUCAGACGUCUGGUUCCUAUCAGCACCACUGUAAACAGUUCUGACUGUAAGAACAGAGCAUUUCACACCAAAGCGCUCUGAGUGACGUUACAUCUUAAUGACAGUUCUGCAGAGAUUUUGACAAAUUGAUGGAAUUCCCAUUUAUUGAUUAACUCCAGAUUCAGUCCUGGCGUUCAGUACUGCCCAAGAUGACCGUCUUUUUUUCCUCCGGUCAUUCGUAUCUCCUUUUUACCAGGUAGUGUGGCUUUGGCUUUUAGGCCAAACAAGAGCCUUUCAAAAACAGCGAGAAUUUCUUCAAAUUGGAAAAACCAGCACUCUUUUGUUUUCGCUCUUUCUCUCUCUCUCUCUCUGUUUUUCUCACUUUUUUCUGAGGCUCUGAUUCUUUUCUACAGUAUGUCUUUCUGCAUUUCUGCACCCACUGAAAGAGACAGCAGAUUCAGAAAGCGUGGAGGCCCAUUUCCGCCAGGUAGACGAGAAAAAAUGCGUUUUUUUUCUCGUUCUCUGUUUCUGCCAGCCGUGUGCCAAAUUGUAUGACUUCACAUCUUGAAAAAAAAUACUUAGCAUGUUCUCAUACUAUUGGCUUAGUAUGUUGUAAUAAUGACUUACUGUGUUAAAAUAAUGACUUGGCAUGUUGAAAUAUUGACUUAUUUUCUUGAUAUGUUGAGUUUUUUCCUCAGAAAUUUGACCUAGUGCCUCCAAACAUCGAAUUAGUAUCUUGGAAUAAUGACUUACCAUGUCAAAAUAAUGGCUUAUUUUCUGAAAAUCAUGACUACGUUUGCCAGAAUAUUGAAUUAGUAUGUCAGAAAAAAUACCAUGUCAAAAUAAUGAUUCAUUAUCUGAAAAUAAUGAAUUAGUUUGUCAGAAAUAUGACGUAGUGUCUCAUAUAAAAUAUCUACUGUUUUGAAACACUGACCAGUUUUCUCAAAAUAAUGGCUUAAUAUAAAAUGUCAGAAAAAUAACUUGCCAUGUCAAAAUAAUGACAUUUUUGUCAAAAUAACGACUUAAGAUCUUAAACUAUUGAAUUAAAAUGUUAGAAAAAUGACUUAUCAUGCCAAAACAAUGACAUUUUCUCAAAAAUAUUGACUUAGUACAUUUUAUAUGAGAUACUAUGUUGAAAUAAUGACUUACUGCUUCAAAAUAUUAGCUUAGUAGAUCAUCACAAUGACUUAGAUUCUGGUAGUACUGGCUUACGUUUUUAAAACGGUGACUUAUUUUCUCUAAAUAUUGACUUUCCGUGUCAAAAAAAAUCACUCAGUAUCUCGUGAUAAUGACGUAUCCUGAAAAAAGUAUUUCCUUAACUCAAAGCCAUACUAUCUCGAAUCUAUCUCAAGAAAAGAAAAACCCAGUAUUUCAUGUUGAUAAGUCAUUACUUUUGUCAGUGUCAAUAUUUAGUCCAUAUUUUGAGUGAAUAAGUCAUUAUUUUGAGUCAAUCAUUCGACAUCCUUCUGCCCGGAAACAGAGAAGGAGGGAAAAAAUCGGCUUCUUUUUUCUCCUCUGUCUGCGUCCAUAACAGAGCUCCAGGUCAAGGGAGGGCGUCUCUUUCUGUGGACUCGAAGCGAGGUGCUCAAUGUAGUGUGUCUGUCUCCUGCUUGGGUCCCUGUGUGGGACACUAACCUUCACACUCUUCCUAUGCAAAAAAAAAAGAAAAAAGACAAAAAAAACGACCUGAAAAGCUUUCGCCUGCGCAAAUACGCCUCAAUUUCCGACCACAGCGACCGACAUCAUGACGUUUCUUACGACGGAAGCAUUUUUUUCUGGGUUUUUAGAAAUGAAAGUGGAAUUUGUAAAUUGAACUGCAGACGGCGAUUCUGACCUGCAGUCAUUGAAUACGACAUUAUGAUUUUUUCUUUUUUUUAGUAUGCUGUAUUGUUAUCUGACAUAUUAUGAUAGACUGUAAAAAUGGCAUGUAUAUUAAUUCUGUACAAUCAUAUUUAUUAUUGUCUCACGUGUAUAUAUCUACAUGAAUAGAGUAACAUUUAGAUAUGUCUCUGGCCUUAAUUUACAGUCAAUCUGGGGGUCUCGUUUUACUAAAUGAAAUGUUUUUUAGGCCUAUGCGUAGGUCCUUUCCUUAUUUUCCUCUCUAAUGUAAGGACGUCUGUAGGCUUAUCUGCUUGCCUUCAGCCUUUAUAUACAGAGUUGUACAUAGGCACUGAUGUAGUAGAUGCAGUGAUUAUGCACUGAACUCCAUUACCCAGAAGGCACCAGUCCAGUGUGUUUAGAUAUGGAAUGCUGACGGCUGGCCGAGCUGCAUGGGGCUUGUAGUUCAAAAGGGACUUUGUGCCUGUCAUGGUUUCUGUCUUUUGGGCUCUAAUGCUGCCUUUGCGUGCUCAUCAGAAGGUCCUGCUGUUUCCCAAUUGGUCAAUCGUAAAAACGUCUUUGCGUCCAGGUGCUUUGGAAUCGGAAACAUGGUUAUCUAAUUAUCCUGAUCUGUUUUGAUAGCUUGCUGACAUUUUUCAUCUAGAAAAAUAAAAUAUUGGCCCACUUAACGUAGCCAGCUAGUUACCCUGCUUUGAAAACCCGGUCUAGAGCUUGUCUGGUGCUGGUUUAGCUUUUCACCCCACAUGGUCAUGCUGGUUGACCAGCAUACCAGCAUCCAAAACACAACAUUAUGCUGGUUUUGCUGGUGACCAGCCAUACAGGUCUAUGCAGUGUAGCUAAUCUGACCUGCUGUAUUCUUUACAUUUUCCAGCUGCUGCUAUUUCAUAUUUGAUAAAAUAAAGGAAUAGGCCACCUAACAUUUAGUUAGCUAACAUAAUUUAUCUCAGCAUUUUCUACCACUGUAAUAAUGUGUAAAGUCUGAGCUGUGGCUACGCAUGUAAUCAGAUGUCUGUUACCUCACUGGUGACCACUAAACAUAAGUUGGACGAGUAAAGGGUUAGCCAACCUACAGUGCCGUUAGCUAGGAAGCUGUCUUGAUAUGUUUCUAACAGUUUUGCCACAGUAAAAAAUGACCGUGUGACCAAUGAUUAGAUGAAAUCAAAUAUCUAUAGCCCAACUGGUGGCUACUGAAAGCAAGUUGAUUGAAAGAGUAACGGAUCAGCUUGCCCACUGUUGAGUUGGCUAGUUGGCUGAACUGAUUUUGGUCUGUAAAUAUGUACACAGUGGUUAUAAAUGUAAUCCGAUAAAGCGUUAGCAAACCUGCUAUCAAGCCAGCGAGCUAGCCUGACGUUACACACUCGAAAAAGAUGGUUCUUCAGGGGUUCUUAAGUAAAGGCAGUGGUUCUGGAGAAUGUGUUGUGUAUGGCUUCUAUAUAGAACCUUUCUGAAAAUGUUUAUAUACAGCACCACGAAUGGUUCUGCUAUUAUUAUGAUGUCAAGCUUGAACAAUUUGUGGUCCUUAUAGAGGCAUUUCAUAAGAUCAUUCUUUGUAGAACCGUAUGCAAUCAGUCUGAAGAACCAAUUCAUCAUGCAAGGAACCAUUUAAGCAUGGACUGGUUCUAAAUAGAGCCGUUGCCUUUACUAAAGAACACUUAAAGAACCAUGUUUGCCUAAAUGUAUAAGCAAAUGGCUACAGCACACUUGUUGACUAUUAAACAUUAGCUAAACGUUAGAGUCUUUAAUGUUGACUAUUAAACAUUAGCUAAACGUUAGAGUCUUUAAUGUUGACUAUUAAACAUUAGCUAAACGUUAGUGUCUUUAAUAUUGACUGUUUAACGUUAGCUAAACGUUAGUGUCUUUAAUGUUGACUGUUUAACGUUAGCUAAACGUUAGUGUCUUUUAAUAUUGACUGUUUAACGUUAGCUAAACGUUAGUGUCUUUAUUGUUGACUGUUUAACGUUAGCUAAACGUUAGUGUCUUUUAAUAUUGACUGUUUAACGUUAGCUAAACGUUUGUGUCUUUAAUAUUGACUGUUUAACGUUAGCUAAACGUUAGUGUCUUUUAAUAUUGACUGUUUAACGUUAGCUAAACGUUAGUGUCUUUAUUGUUGACUGUUUAACGUUAGCUAAACGUUAGUGUCUUUUAAUAUUGACUGUUUAACGUUAGCUAAACGUUUGUGUCUUUAAUAUUGACUGUUUAACGUUAGCUAAACGUUAGUGUCUUUAAUAUUGAUUGUUUAACGUUAGCUAAACGUUAGUGUCUUUAUUGUUGACUGUUUAACGUUAGCUAAACGUUAGUGUCUUUUAAUAUUGACUGUUUAACGUUAGCUAAACGUUAGUGUCUUUAAUAUUGAUUGUUUAACGUUAGAUAAACUUUUGUGUCUAAUAUUGACUGUUUAACGUUAGCUAAACGUUUGUGUCUGUAAUAUUGACUGUUUAAAGUUAGCUAAACGUUUGUGUCUGUAAUAUUGACUGUUUAAAGUUAGCUAAACGUUUGUGUCUGUAAUAUUGACUGUUUAAAGUUAGCUAAACGAGAAAAAAGAAUUAGCCUACCAUGCGGUGACCACUGAAACUGUCCUUUCCUCCACCGUGAUGAAAGGGUGAAGGCCAGUAACGGGUCAAGAGCAUGUUGAAAAUCUCGUAUGUGCAGCUUUUAGAUUGGGAACUUUUUGUGAUAAUUCCGAUAGCACGCAAAGGCAGCAUGUGUCCAGCGGUCAGCGUGUGAUUCUGUCCUUUCGGCUAAAGCAUUUCAGCAUGUGGACCGUGCCUUUUUUUGAAGUCCUGAGUGUUCCAGCCUCGUUUCAAAUCGCCACCAAAUGACACGAUGCUCGCACCGUCCUCUUCUCUUUUGCCUUUCAUUAUUCUUUCAUUUGAUGUUAGGAUUUCCUUUCUCCUGCACGUGUCGUAGCGUUUCACGUUUCACCUGGGAAUGAGGACGAGGAGGACGCCUCCUCAUAGCAGCAUUUUUUUGAAAGUAAUAUCUUCUCUUGUUUGUCAGAUACACCAUAAAUUUUAAAGAGCUGUACAUAAGAACUCUUCAUUGAAACAUAUUGCUAUGAUAGUUGUCUUUUAAUGCACUGUUAUUGCUGAAAUAUUUAGUGGUAAAUGAAAAAGUAUUUAAUGUUUUUUAUGUCUUGUUUAGACACUAAAGAUAUGGCAGUUAUAUGACAGCUAGGCAGCGCUCUUUUUAAGGAGUUCUUAUGUAAAUGUAUAGAAAUAUGAAGCCUCCCGAUAAGCGUAUGCAGAUGAGCGGUUCGUAUGUCGGCCUGCGCCACGUCACCCUCUCGCUUUUGCAGAGAGCUUCUGCAUGUUCGUCUCUUUCCACAACUUCCACAACUUCCAAAGUUCCACAACUUUCAGCACUUAAAACUUCACCUUUGACUUUGAGUCACGCUUGACCGCUUGAGUGGUCCCCUGUCCUACACUACACGGCAAAAGUGUGGAAGCAAGCAAAGACUUUAAGACUAUAUAUAGAGUUUUAGGCAAGAAAAGUUUGCCGACAUGUUUAUUGACAUCCAGUUUUACCAAAGAAGUUUAUGCCAUUGCAGUGAUGUAGCCUACUGUUUUACUCGUCUACUGUAUUAUGAUUAGUGUAUUAUUAGUCUUUAUUGAGAAUCCCCUACUUUUGUUCUUUAUGGACUCUUAAUUGUACUCCUGGUUGAGUUAAUCAAGCCUUCAGCUGCAUCAAAGUGAAGGAAUCAGUGGAUUUGUUAGAUCUGUAUGUCGAAUUUGAAUCAAAAUAUAACCAUUUGAGGAACAAACAUGUUAAUAACACGUUAAUAAUAUGUUAAUAACAUGUUAAUAAUGCUGAUAGUCAUAUUAAUGGCUGUAAAGGAAAAAGAAAUCUUUAUUUAUUUAUUUUUUCGAAGAUAGUGUUGCUUCCCAGGGUUUGGCCUGUAGUGUAGUUCACAGCUCCCUGUGCCCGCACCCUCGUGAGUUUUUUGCUGGCAUGACUUUUGGAGGCUGCCAUUGUGGUAGCAUUCCUCAGGCCAGGUGGAAAGCAAGCAUGGGAGUGUUGACACCGAGCUGACCCCUCAAACUCAAUGUGACCCACAUUUGUAAGUGUCCAGACUAGACCAGACUCUGCUAAUUUCAUAAUGCCCUUUAUCCCCCCUCCCCACCCCCGCCGCACCUCCAGGAACCAAUAGCUUUUGGUUCCUAUAGGUGGGGCUAAUUUGGUGCUGUUUGUCUCUUCAAACCCUAAAUUCCGAUUGGACAUGUUGAUUGAUUUGCUCACCAGUUUUGUUUCCAGCUUGGGGCUUCAAGCAAUCAUGAUAGUGAAAAUUUUGGUUCAGUGUGAAGGAAUGCUUCAGUGUGCUUAGCAUUUAGCUUAGCACAGUGAUAUGCAAAGUAGCUGCAUGGAUUGCUUUGGAAGAAUUACAGCAAUUUUCAGAAUUUCAGCGUAGUUCAGUCAAUGAGAUGUAAACAAAGUGUGGUUUGACGUGAAAUGGUGCAUAGUAGAGAAACUUGCUGACUUGGGGAACCAGGGGUCUACAACACAAAUAUUGCCGUUUUAUUUGCUGUCCAAUAAUCAGUGAGUCUGUUUUUAAGUGUAAUGUUGAUCAUGGGAAAAUCUGCUUUCUCUGGGGACUAUUAUGCCAAACAACCACCUUCACAUACCCCUCCACCAUAUACAACUGUACAAAAAACCACCAUCUCAGAACAUCUGUAAAACAAUGAGUGCGUUUAUAUGCGCUUGAUAAUCCGAUAACUGCGGAAAAUCGGAUUUUGUGCAUAAUCCGAUAAACAUGUUUACAUACACUUGAGUAAUCAGAUAAUGGAGAAAGUCCAGGUCUCCGUGAGUCAGACAGUAAUCAGAAAUCUGCUUUGCAACCAGCCAAUAAACUCACAGAAGACAACGUGAUAUAAACGUAAUGUAAAACGCAAACUUCACAUCACAUCACUUCACCUGAAAACAUCAUGUAGAAGAUGAAGAAUAUUUAAAUCCUACAUUUCACGGAGAACGUCGCUCCAAAAGUGUUUUACUGUGUCUCGCGGCAACGCGCCUUACUUAUUUCCGCUACCUCUGUCUGUUUUCGCUCAUGCCCAAACGGAGAAAUCCGAAAGAAAUCAGAGUAAGAGUUCACGUGCACUGAGAGAUCUGAUUACUGAGCUGAAGUCCAGGUCUCUUCAACAGAUUUCUUAACCGGAUUUCUAUGGUGUUGACAUGACCGUUGGAAUAAUCGGAUAACGGCAGAAAUCUGAUUAUGAUUGGAUUAUUGAUUACAUGUAAACGCACCAGGCAUUAGGCAGUGUGUUUAUGACAGCUUGCUGUAAUAACGUCCUGUGACUGAGCUUUUAGAGGCGCUAACCUCUUGAGACGUCUGGUUCCUAUCACCACCACUGGGACCAAAUCUGGCUCUGUAAGGUUGUCUAGACCAGAGCAUUUCGCACCAAACCACUCUGAAUGACUUUGUUUACAUCUUUACCAUUUAUUCAUAAAAUUUGGGGCAAAAUGAUUUUUGAAUUCUCCUUUAAAUGCAGACACAAAUUCAGCACUGAAUUGUCACAAAGCUGUUGUCAGUAUUAUCAGUAAAGAUAUAAAGCCAUGUCGGAACGAUGCAGUGUUGGUUCUGGCACAGUUUUUAUUUUUUUACCAGUGAAAAGAACUGCAGGUUGUGUUUUGAUAUUAUUUCACUGUCUUGAUUGCUUUAAGAUUUGCAUCCAUCCAACUUGGCAACCUCAUGAAAAGAUUCAUUAAGCUUCUGCAGGUAGUGGGGCGUCUCUAAUCCUAAGUCCAUGGUAAUGUUAAUCCUUUGACCACACCUGGACUCUAAAAAUUCUACAGACAACAGAGUUGACAUUUUGCUCAAGUGUUUUCAGACUCUAGCACUGAUUUUGUUAAGGGUGCUGGCAGCAGAGGCCCGAGUUCUACCCUUUAUAUGACAUUAAGGAGGCUUUCUGCUGUCUGUCUGCUCCCCUGCAUUGACGGCUUGUUUCCCGUGAGUGUGUAUUCAUGUGUCUGGCCGCGCAGACGCACUCUGAAGCUCUAACCACGGCAGCAGACGCCUGCAGCGCGAGCGCUCGGUUCUGAAGUAGCUAAGGCAAUAGCACAGCGCAGGCAAACGACGAAAACUCAUUUGUACUCUGGCUGCUUGUAGCUGUGUUGUCCUUUAUUUCACUGUAUAAAUGACUGUUAAAUGAGAAAAAAGUCAUGUAUAUUUAUUUUAUAUCCUCUAUUGUAAUAAAAAUCUCUUUUUUUGCUUCA